AUAGGAGCAUAGAGUAUAUUGCAUUUCCGCCAUAUCUAUUAUGUUGUUUACAAUCAUCGGUCUACUAAUUUGUCUUGGUGGCUCGCUGUCAGCUCCAUCGGUUAGGAGAGGGGCACUUUCCUCCAUUGUCGAGAGGGGCUGCAUUUACACGGCACAUUAUGUCCGGAAUAAUUACUACGACUACCAACUGAAACGUCGCCAGGUAACGAUUGCCAUGACAACGACAGCUGCACCAACGACGCUUAGUACAUAUAUAGUGGCUACAACACAUCUCAACUGGGUGUCGCAUUUGUACGACACAAUGAGAAAAGAUUACGUACCAAUGGAACUAUUUAAAGCCCUAGUCAACUGCGGAAAAGAGUACUCCAUGUAUGCCAUCAACGCAUCCAAUGAUUUAAAGUCCAGACUAAAUGUUGACUACGGUACAGUGCCAGGUCUGGGAUAACUGUUUUGUGUGAUUCUCCUGUGUGCUGAUCUGGAUUUUUUCAUGCAUGUAAUUUAUUUGAAUUUUUUUGUUUGGUUACAUGUUAUACUGACACAAUUUAUGUUACACAGAUGGCAAAUAAAGUCUGUAAGAACACCGUG